CGAAGCCGCGGGACCCUCUGAAGCGGCUCUUGGGGUGGCCGCCAUGUCGGCCUCUGACUCCAACCAGGUCCUGACAAAGCCAGAGGCGGUGGACCGGAGGAGUGCAGGAACAGCCGACAAAGCCAGGCGUCCGAGGGACAUGGCUGCGUCUGAGCCCGCGGACAGCGAUGCGAAGGAAUGGGAGCCCCUGGAAUCUGCGCAGAGGAACUUGUGCAAUGAAAUGAUGCCAGAGAACUGUAGCAGUCCAGCCUCAAUGGGAAGUCAAGAUCCCAAACAAGGCAUGAUCUCUAAGUUGGAAAAAAGAGCGAUCACUGGAAGACGGCAUCUCUUUAUGAAACUUACAAAGAAUUUCAGUGGGAGUGCAAAAAUUUACAAGAAUGUCUCAUUAAAUUCUGUUUUAGAAGUCCAGCACGAUGAUGAGCAGAUAGAGGAAAAGCAGAAAUCUCAAGGCAAACUCAUUAAGGAAGCCACGUUCAAGAAGAAAAGUUCAACUGGUAAGAAAAGCAGUGAGUGUGCUUCAUUGGAGACAAAAGGUGUCAGUAAAAAACAUGUUCCUUCCAAAAAAAGGCUUCCGAAACCUGCCUCACAUGGGAAGAACUUGAAGCAGACUUUAGACUUCCCUGGUCAGAUUGAAAACGCUACAAAAAAGAAACCUGAUAAAGCUAAAGAGCACAGGAAAUCAUCCAGCCCUACCAUAUCUGAAACAAAGAAAGCUAAGAUUCCAGCUAGAAAGAAAUGUGAGAAAACACCCAACAGUAAGUCACCUGGUAAAGGUGACCGAAAUCCAGCUGGCAAGAGGUAUGAGAAAGUGUGCCAUCGUAGCUCCCCCAACACGAAAGAAGACAAAAUCCAGACUAGAGAGAAACAGAAAUCACCCAGCCAUAGCGGUUCAUCUACUGUGUCUGACAAAGCUCCAGCUUCUGGGAAACCUUAUGAAUGCAAUCAAUGUGGGAAGGUCCUCAGCCAUAAACAAGGACUCCUUGACCAUCAAAGAACUCACACUGGGGAGAAACCGUAUGAAUGUAAUGAGUGUGGGAUAGCUUUUAGCCAAAAGUCCCACCUUGUUGUACAUCAGAGAACUCACACUGGAGAAAAACCAUAUGAGUGUGUUCAGUGUGGCAAAGCUCAUGGCCAUAAACACGCCCUCACUGACCAUCUAAGAAUUCAUACUGGAGAAAAGCCCUAUGAAUGUAAUGAAUGUGGGAAAACCUUUAGACACAGCUCAAACCUCAUGCAACAUGUAAGAUCUCACACAGGUGAGAAGCCUUAUGAGUGUAAGGAAUGUGGCAAAUCCUUUAGAUAUAAUUCAUCUCUUACUGAACAUGUGAGAACGCACACAGGUGAAAUACCAUAUGAAUGUAGUGAAUGUGGCAAAGCUUUUAAGUAUAGUUCAUCCCUGACUAAACACAUGCGAAUUCAUACUGGUGAGAAACCAUUUGAAUGUAAUGAAUGUGGGAAAACUUUUAGCAAAAAGUCACACCUGGUUAUACAUCAAAGAACUCAUACAAAAGAGAAACCUUAUAAAUGUAAUGAGUGUGGAAAAGCCUUUGGACAUAGUUCAUCUCUUACUUACCAUCUGAGGACUCAUACAGGUGAUUGUCCCUUUGAAUGUAAUCAGUGUGGUAAAGCCUUUAAGCAAAUUGAAGGCCUCACUCAACACCAGAGGGUUCAUACCGGGGAGAAACCCUAUGAAUGUGCUGAAUGUGGGAAAGCCUUCAGUCAAAAGUCCCACCUCAUCGUACAUCAGAGGACUCACACAGGGGAGAAACCCUUUGAGUGUAACGAAUGUGGAAAAGCCUUCAGUGCAAAAUCCCAACUUGUUAUACAUCAGAGAUCCCACACUGGAGAGAAACCCUAUGAAUGUGAUGAAUGUGGGAAAGCCUUCAAACAAAAUGCUUCUCUUACCAAACAUAUGAAAAUUCACUCAGAAGAGCACUCUCACGAGGACAAUUGAUUCCUCUCAUGUAGGAAAUCUGACAACUGACUGGUUCGGUUUUGUUUAACUCUAAAAGAUGUUCUCAACUUGAUGAAUAUUUGAAAAUCUUUUUUAGGAAAUCACUACUUGUUAUACAUGAGAGCAUUUGAAUACGAUCUUUACAUAAGAGCAAUGGAUGGUAAUAAAAUUUCAACUUCAUCCUAAACCGUUACAGAAAAUACUGUAUUUUUACACUUGUUAUAAAUUAUCUCCAUAUUUAGAAUAAAAUAUGGAACUUUUAAAAUUGUGAAUAAGGAUCUGGGGAGAUAGUUUAAUCAGUAAAAUGUGUCCUAAACUAGUUUGAGGACCUGAAUUUCAUCCCUAGGAUCCAUGUAAAAAGCUAGAUGUGGUGGCAUGUGCUUGCAGUUUUAGAACUGGGAAAGUUGAGACAGGAGAGUCCCUGGGACUAGCUUGACCAGCUAGACUAGCCUAAUUUGCAAGCCCUAGGUCACAAGGAGAGAGACUCUUUUAAAAACAAGGAACAGUGCUCCUGAGGAACAGUACUCAAGGUUGACAUUUGGCCUGCACAUGUUCACCCACACACAUGAACACACACACACACACACACACACACACACACACACACACACACACACACACGUGAAAAUAUUAUUUAGCAACAAAUGAACAGUAAAAUAUGCCAACAAUUCAUGAACUGUUUGGGUGUUGUGUACUUAAGAACCACAAUUAGUAUUUAAUUUGCAUUUAUGCUUAUUGCAUACUUACUGCCUUUUGUAAAAAAGUGUAGUCAUCCAAUCUGGUAUCAACUAGCUUUCUUUGUUAAAGUUUAUGUUAACUCUGAAUCAGUAGAAAACUUUCUGUUUUUUUUGUUUUGUUUUGUUUUUUGAGACAGCAUCUUACCAUGUAUCCCUGGCUAGCCUGGAACUUGCUAUGUAGACCAGGCUGGCCUUGAACUAACAGAGAUGUGCCUGUCUCUGCCUCUCAAGUGCUGGGGUUAAAGGUUUAAAUAGAAAGCUUUAAGGAGUUUUGUCUAGAUGUUGUUAAAAGGUUAAGAAGAAGUGGGGAAAAAGCUGAAAAACUGCUGGUAGAGAGUGAUACUCAAGUUGUGUUGCUACGUACAGAAAAGUAGAUGGUUGAACAGUAUAUAUAGUAUGUCCUCGUUGUGGACAAAAAGUAUGUGUGUUUUGCCUGUCUUUUUCUGCUUCUCUGUGUACAUAUGUAUGUAUUUAUACUCAUAUAUUUGUAUAUGAAUAGACUUGGGUUUUUUUAAUCUAGAAGAAAUUUUAAUGGUUACCACUGAACACAGAAGUACAGGAUUGAGGUCUGACAUUUUUAUCAUGUACAUCUGUUUUAUUCAAAUAUAUAUUAAAAUACUUUUAUAUGCACAAAUUAACAGUUUAAAAAUACAUCUGAGUCUAUUCCACAGUGCUGUUUGACAAAGUAACAUAAGGUUUCUAUGCUCACUUAUGAAAAAUUAAUUUGAGGUAUAUAACAUUAAACCUUGAUAUUGAAUUCACAAAGAUUUUCCUGUUGAACACAGAUUUUGUUAACAUGAUAUACAACUAUAACGGCACUUUAUUUCUCUUGCUUGCUAUUAAACUGAAGAUGAAUUUUGA